GUUGGUGCCGACUUAAAAAAAGCUUCGUCUUCAUCAUCUUUCCCAUUUCUCAUUUCUGACUCUUAUCCAAUCCAAUUACAAACCUUCGAAAGCCCUAAAACGACCAUCCAUGGACCGCGCUUCAUGGAGAACCCAAGUUCUAUCGAGGCACCUCAUCCAGUCACCGUCCGAUAAUCUUCUCGGGGCCAAUCCAUGCCUCAACUACACGCCUCCGGAGCUAUCAGAACUGUCCGAUUAUUUCGAUCCCAAAGAGAUGCGAUCUCUCUUGGAUGCUCACAAUCUAGAGGACCGGGACUGGCUCUUUGGGGUGAUGAGGCAGAGCAACCUCUUCAACCCCCGGAACGCCGCCGGCCGAGUCUUCAUCUCGCCGGACUAUAACCAGUCAAUGCAGCAGCAGAGAGAGAUGACGAUGAAGCGAAUCGCUUAUCUUUCUGAUUGUGGGGCUUUUCGGGGAUGGCUCACGGAGGAUGGGAUCGACGCUGAAAUGAGGAAAUUCGCAUUUUUGGAAGUUAUUGGGAUUUAUGAUCACUCUAUGUCUGUCAAGCUCGGUGUUCAUUUCUUCUUAUGGGGUGGUGCUGUCAAGUUUUUUGGCACCAAGCGCCAUCAUGACAAGUGGCUUAGGGACACUGAGAGUUACGUUGUAAAGGGUUGCUUUGCAAUGUCUGAGUUGGGGCAUGGAAGUAAUGUUCGAGGAAUUGAAACAGUCACCACAUAUGAUAAAAAUACUGGAGAGUUUGUCAUUAGUACUCCAUGUGAAUCGGCACAGAAGUACUGGAUUGGAGGCGCUGCUAAUCAUGCAACACACACGAUAGUCUUUUCGCAGCUCAAUAUAAAUGGGAACAAUCAAGGAGUCCAUGCGUUCAUUGCCCAGAUCAGAGAUGAUGAUGGCAAUGUCUGUCCCAACAUUAGAAUUGCUGAUUGUGGUCAUAAAAUUGGUUUAAAUGGAGUUGAUAAUGGCAGAAUCUGGUUUGACAAUGUCCGGAUCCCCAGAGAAAAUUUGUUGAAUUCAGUUGCUGAUGUUUCUCCGGAUGGUCAAUAUUUGAGUGCAAUAAAAGAUCCAGAUCAGAGGUUUGCAGCAUUCUUGGCUCCUUUGACAUCUGGCCGUGUUACAAUUGCAGUCAGUGCAAUUUAUUCAUCAAAGAUUAGUUUAGCAAUUGCCAUAAGAUACUCCUUGACGAGGCGGGCAUUUUCUCUUACACCAAAUGGACCUGAAGUUCUAUUGCUUGAUUACCCUAGUCAUCAGCGCCGACUCUUGCCUCUCCUUGCAAAGACAUACGCUAUGAGUUUUGCUGCAAAUUACCUGAAAUUAAUUUAUGUGAAGAGGACACCCGAGUCAAACAAAACCAUCCAUGUUGUGUCAAGUGCAUUCAAGGCUACACUUACCUGGCAUAAUAUGCGAACUCUUCAGGAGUGUCGUGAAGCCUGUGGAGGACAAGGUCUGAAGACUGAAAAUCGCGUUGGUCACUUAAAAAGUGAAUACGAUGUGCAGUCUACUUUUGAGGGAGACAACAAUGUUCUCAUGCAGCAGGUCAGCAAGGCACUCCUUGCAGAAUAUCUAGCAGUACAGAACAGAAAAAAACCAUUUAAAGGUUUGGGAUUAGAACACAUGAACAAGGCCUGCCCUGUAAUUCCAUCUCAACUCACAAGCUCUACUCUGAGGAGUAGCCAAUUCCAGAUGGAUGUCUUCUGCUUAAGAGAACGAGAUCUACUAAAUCGUUUUGCUUUAGAGGUGUCACAACAUCUGAAACAGGGGCAAAGCAAAGAGUACUCAUUUAUUCUGAGUUAUCAGCUUGCAGAGGAUCUUGGUAGAGGUUUCUCAGAUCGCGCAAUAUUGCAUACUUUUCUGGAUGCUGAGGCUACUUUACCAGUUGGUUCCUUGAAGGAAGUCUUGGGAUUGUUAAGGUCUAUGUAUGCAUUGAUUUGCCUGGAAGAAGACGCUGCUUUCCUCCGAUAUGGAUACUUAUCAACAGAGAAUGCUGCUGCAGUCAGAAAGGAAGUGACAAAACUAUGCUGUGAACUGCGUCCACAUGCACUCAACUUGGUGAGUUCCUUCGGUAUCCCUGAUGCAUUUUUGAGCCCCAUUGCUUUUGAUUGGAUUGAUUCAAAUUCGUGGGCUUCUACUCAGCAGUAAGGCUCGGGGAGAUUAAUUCUCUUAUUUAUUUAAAGAACAGAUGUUCUAAUCAUAGCUGGUAAAUUUUAUUCUAGUUCAAUAAGAGCUAUAAUGUCUUUACUUAUAUUGUAAUAAUGUGCACCAGCAAGAAGAAGAGGGAAAAUGAAUUGAACAAACUAUUGUAUAAUUGAUGUAAUUUAUUAUCAUAUGAAUAUAAAUUCUGCAUUUUCUUUUUC